CAGCGAAUGGGCUUGAUUUUUAAUUCAGGGGCAUAUCUUCGCCUGUACAAAAAUGUUAAUAAUAGUUGGUCGAAAGGGAAAGGGAGGUUCAACUAAAUUAAAAAUUUACAAAACCAGUCUCGUCUAGUGGUUACAACAAAGAUUGCUCAUCUCUGGUGAAGUGAACAUGCCGUUGGCGUCAGUCCUGAACUGUCCUACAGUACCACUUUCCAAUGGUCUGCAGAUCCCCGUGCUUGGUUUGGGCACAUCACAUAAUGGUGGUUACUCCCACGAUGCAGUUAUGUAUGCCCUCACUGAAUGUGGCAUCCGCCACAUUGACACAGCAAAGCAUUACGGCUGCGAGGCCGAAUUGGGUAAAGCUGUCAAAGAAAGUGGGCUUCCACGAAGUGAUCUGUGGCUCACGAAUAAACUGUGGCCCGGCGACUACGGAUAUACAGCUGCCAAAAAGGCCUGUCUGGACUCCUGCUUGGAGAUGGGGGUCGAGUAUUUUGAUCUGUACCUGAUGCACUGGCCAGAGUCAAAGACACCUGGUGGUUCCAACAGGGAGAUGAGAGCUGAGACCUGGAGAGCUUUGGAAGAACUUUAUAAGGAAGGUGUGUGCCGUGCUAUUGGGGUCAGCAAUUUUCUGGUCCACCACCUGGAACAGCUGAAAGAAGACUGUACUGUGGUACCACAUGUUAACCAGGUUGAGUACCAUCCUUUCCAGCAGCCAAAUCACCUGAUUCAGUACUGUCGUCAGGAGGGAAUUGUGUUUGAAGGGUACAGUCCUCUGGCCAAGGGUCAAGUCUUCAACAAUCCCACUGUUCUCCAGAUAGCGGAAAAGCACAGACGCACGCCAGCUCAGAUCUGCAUCCGCUGGAGUAUUCAGAACGGAGUUGUGACAAUACCAAAAUCGACCAAAAAGAAGAGGAUACAAGAAAACUGUGAAGUGUUUGGAUUCCAGCUGGAGGACGAGGACAUGGCUGCUUUAGGAAGCUUGCAUGACGGAAGACAUGUUACUUGGGAUCCAACAAAUGUGGAAUAAGAAUAAGUGGGAAGAUGGAGGUUUUCCUGGAAAUAGACUCGACUGUGAUGUCAAAGUUUAUUGAGCUACAUCUUCAGAUAAUGUGUAGACAAACACACACGAAGGACAAAACCAUUCCAAGUGCCUUACUUUAUAGAAAUGUUGAUUUAUUUUUUGUGAUAUAUAAAGUAAGAAAGGUGUUGUAAACGCAGAUAAUGAUAUCUUUAACUUUCCAGAAACGUGGUUGUGAUUUUGAGCUUGACUUGAUCUUGAAUAAAAUCUACAGAUUAUUUAUUUUCACAUUCAAAAUCAGGGGAGGGAUCAAGUGGUUUCUAAGACGAGAGGACCUUAGUAUCGUAUCUAUGGUUGCAGUAUAUAAAACAACUAAACUCAAGGCUGUGACCCUUUAUUACCCCUUUUAUUGCCCCUCUUCUCUUAUUCCGCAAAUGAAAUCUUCAGUUUACUUCAGCUGUAAAAUCUAUAUUUACCAAUAAAAAAAUGAAUAAAAAGUUAAUUGUACGUGAUUAUCAAAAUUCCUUAAGCAACAUGUAUCAUUUGCAAGCAAGUCAUGAGACAAAAGAAAAACAAAACGACCCCAAAGCUCAACCAGGUUUGGGAGGCAGGAAAGUGAGCUGUAACUGUAACUUUAUAUAACACAAGCUAUCAGGGUUUAGCAAAUAAUUUGCUGUUUAUACUGGCUCUGGUAACGUUUAACUUCACUAAACCUUAUCAUGUUAAAUUCAAUUGGAAUAUUUUACAUAAUUUAGUAUGAGGUGGAUUCUCAUGUCCACCUUUAUUCUUCAGCACAGCCUGAACACUCUCUUUUUAUUAUUGUUAAUCUGUGGAUGUCUUUCACAGCGCAUUUUUGUCCCAUCUUCCUCCCCUCACCCCAAACUAGUCGCUGUUCCCCCUGAGCCUGGUUCUGCAAGAGGUUUCUUCCUGUUAAAAUGGAGUUUUUCCAUCCCACUGUCACCAAGGUCCCUGGUCAUAGGUCAUCUGGUUUUUUUUGUUCUCCUGUUUUCUGUGUAUUCUUAUAUACCAUACAAAACACAAUGAGGCAACUGUUGCUGUGUGUUAAUAAUAAUAAUGUACAGUUUAUUGAUUCCUGUGGGGAAAUUCCUCUCUGCAUUUAACCCAUUCACUCAGUGAAGCAGUGGGCAGCCACCAAUCUAGCGCCCAGGAUGCAUAUAGGGAGUACCUCAGGGGUACCUCAGGGUAGUCGUUCAGUGAAUUCGAACCCCCGACCUUCCCCGACCACUCUACCUACUGAGCUAUCCCUGUCUGUUGGUGCUAUAUAAAUAAAACUGAACUGAAUUAAAUUAAAUUCAGGACAUUCAAAGCUCUGCUUUGGAUGUUGGCUACUUUUUCCAUUUUCUGUCAAAGUGAUCUCACAUUACUUCACUAAUGUUGAAGUUCAGUCCAACCCAUGAUUGAUAGUGUGUUUGGGAGAUGCUUUCCAAAUGGUGUUGCACUGUGGAUCAAAAUCUGACGGCACUUAUCUGUGCUCAUAAUUACAUCAAUUUUGACACGGCUGAAAUGAAGACCCAAACCAUCACAGAGCCUCCACUGUGUUUUACAGAUGCGUAUACACAUACAGUGUUGCACCUCUCUUCUGACAUCAUUUGUACAUAAUGAUGACUAUUUAAACCAAAUAUUUCACAUUUGGAUUAAUGACUCAAGACCUGUCACCACUGAUUUUCAGUCCAGUUCUUGUGUAAUUUGGCAUACCUUAGCCUUUUCUCCCCGUGUCCCUUCCUACCGAGACCAUUUUUGAUGAAGCUUUAAUUAACAAUAGGAAAGAUAUAUCUCAGGUCUGUCUUUUUAAAAGACAUGAUGAUGUUAAUCAUCAUCUUUUUGGCUUCACGUGUCCAAUAUCCUCAAAUUUCUUAAGGACACACGGCACACCAUGCAAAAAGAACCCAAGCUUUCAACUAACAGUUCUUUGGGAGUCAUGUUGCUAAUGCAAAAAUACUAUUUUAUGUUAGUCAAACUGUUACCUUUAGUUAAAUCUACAAACAAAAUGCCAAAGGAAAGAAAACAAAACGUGUUUUUCUACCAGGCGGCUGGCAACAAAGAGCCUAAAUGUUUAAAAUUGGUUCUCUGCCAAGUUGUCUUACAUGUAGUCACAACACAGUUUCGUCUCUUGAAGCAGGUGCAUUUUUUCAAUGCUUGAACGAUGAUGUGGCCUCAGUGUGUCUCCAAGAAAAACAAAACCAAAACAAUUCCUUUCAGGUACAAAGAUCACAUACAAGGACUGGACUGAAAAGGAUAUGGGGGAAAAAAAAAACAAACAGACAACCUCCAAAGAACAACUCUCAAAAAUCUUCAGAAAACACUGCUCAAGACCACAGUAUAAAAGUUGAAUAGACAUGGCUACAUGCUGAAGGACCACACCCAUGAGACCACUCCCAGCAUUCACAUCUUGAAAAGUACUGAACUGUUUCACAAAAUAAAACAAUGACAAAAGCACUGAGUUAGCAAUAUCAUUUAUUCUUUCUCCCUCAGCUUAGAAUCACUGUUGUACAUAAGUUACAUUUUGUUUUCUCAAUUUCACAGGUUCUUGUUUUCCUCUUCAAACUUCCAGUUUGACCUCCCUCUCAUAUCAAAAAAAAGAAAAAAGCAGAUUGUAUUAUACAAAAAUGCAAACCAAUUUUCACACAGUGAAUUCUCUUACAAAGUCAUAAAAUGGCGUAAUAAUGGCUACAUCCACAUUGGAGGAAGAUAAUUCUAGACAUUCCUUAAUGGAGUAUAAUAUACAUAUAAAAAAAUUUUUUUCUUGCUGAAAUCAAACCUGUACCUUAAUUUAAGAGAUAUUUUACACGGGAGUAAUUAUAUAAAAAAGCCAUUUGCGAAUUUCCCCAGAAAGUCCAGGAAUAAAAUGUGAGCCUCAAACAGCAGUAACAGAGUUCAGUGGUCAAGGGUGGUAGAGGAGGGGUUUAACUGGUUAUGCAAAUAUGGGGUAUAGGCAGCGGUUCCA